AUGUCAAGCUUAAGUGAUGAAUACUCAGAUUCUGAAGAGUCUAUAGAAGAAACCAUUGAAGCUCGAAGAGAUCAAGAAACUUUUGACACUGCAGAUCAAAAAAAACCAAUUCCCUCUAGACUGCCAAUCCCCAGCUUUCAGCCUAAGGUCUCCAAUCCAGGAAUAAAUAAUCAACCAAACAUUCCACCUCCCCCUCUCGGUGUUCCUCAAAAUAUCCCUCCUCCACCUUAUGCCAUUCAGAAUCUUCCAAAAUUUACUGUCCCUAAUUCUUCAUCACAAAUUCCAGGCUCUACAACUCCAAUCCAAAUAACCCCAUUCAACGUGCGUCAAGCAUGCCCUCCACAGCCUUUUAAUCCCCCACAGCCUUUUAAGCCUCCACAGCAAGAAGAUAUAAAGAUUUCUGCAUUGCCAGCUAGAUUACCAUUCCCAAUUCCUCCAAGUUUUAAACCAAAUUCUAAUAUACUUUGUAUAUAAAAAUAUGGAAUAUUUUUUUUUAAAUUAAAAAACUGCCAAAACUAUAUGUUUAAUAUAUAUACCUGCAAAUAAUGAGAAAAAAAAUCCUGCGACUCAGCCAACAAGUGUAAAAAGUGUCAGCUCUAGCUCUGAUUCUGAUUCUAAAUCAGACACAGAAUCUUAUGAGCAUAAGCCUCAAGAUUAUAAGGUUCAAAUUCCAGGUUUUAAGCCUCAAGUUUUUAAUCCUCCUGCUAUUCAAGCUUUUAAACCUCCAGGGCCUCCAAAUUUUAAUCCUCCUCCGGUUCCUGCAGCUAUAAAUCCCACUUCUUCUUCAGGAUUAAACACAAUUAAAAUGGCGAGCCAUCCGACCCGUCCUUCUCCUGUACCCUCAGGGACUACGGGUUUAAGAAGUAAACGGGGCCUGGAUAUUGUGUCCAGGGUGGGUUUUUUUACCUUGGUCGGGACACCACGACAAGGUUUUUUGCCUCUCACAAAGACGAGAAGACCAGAGCCGCAGAAUCAGGAGUCACACUUCAGGACUAGAAGGAAGUGAGGAAGCUUGUAGUGGAGCUUGGGGACCUGAAGAAGACUCCGGAAGGCUACUUUUCCCCCUCCCCAGAAAGGACGGCGCCGGGUCACUAGACCCUGAUCAAAGGAGUACCUGGGUGAGUCUCCCUGUCAGAUGGCAACGUCACCAUUUUUUGCGCGUGCAUAGGGCGCAAGCCUGAAGCUGGCAGCGCUGGGUAGAGGCUGAAAUAAACCUUCGUGACCCGCUAAAACUAAUUAAUCUAAUCUAAUCUUCAGGGAUAAAUAUUCCUCCUCCACCAAUUUUUAACUCUCAAAAACAGCAAAAUCCAUCAGUUCUACAAUUGCCACCUCCUCCGAAAUUUACAGGAAAUAUGCCUGUAAAUAUUCCAAAAGUGCAGUCCUUGGAAGUUAAGGAAACUCAAUCUAAUAAGACUGGCUCUGAUUCUGAUUCUGAUUCUAGUGUAGAAGUAACUAUACAAAGUGAAAAUCCUUAUGCAACUCAGCCGGCCUUAAGUGGCCCUUCUCCUUUUAUGCCUCCUACUCCAAAAAUUCAAAGUUUCAACCCUCCAAAACAAUCAAAUAAUCAAAAUAUUCCAAUAAUUCAGCCUCAAGCUUUUAACCCUAUCAAAGAGCUUGAUAAAUCUCCUAUAAAUAUUCCACCACAAUUAAUAAACGCUGAUUCAAAACAAAACAAGCCAAUAACUCAACCUCCAGUCCAAAUUAAAGCAUCUCUAUUUAUUGAGCCUAUCAAAAAAGAGCCUGCAAAAGAGCAGGAUAAAUCUCCAAAACCUGAAAUUCAGCCACCCUUAUCAAAAAAUUUUGAUCCUUCAAAGCCAAUUCAACCAAUAAAUCAGCCUCCCAGCAAAAUUAAUGUACUUCCGCCAUUUGAACCUAUAAAAAAAGUGCCUCCAAAAGAGCAAGAUAAAUCUAAUAAUCCUCCAAAUCAGCCACCUUCAUCAUUUAAUCUGCCAGCUUUUGAAAAUUUUAAACCCCCUCCUUCAAUUGCGAACUUGCCUGCACCGAAUCCAGCUAUAUUUAAUGGAUCACCAGUAAUACUCAAGCCAGUUCCUACUCAAGAAAUUAAGCCUCAGUCUAAUGUAAAUUAUUCUUCUAGUUCCAGCGAAAGUGACCAUGAGGAAAUUAUUCCAGAUUUUCAGACAGAAAAACUAAAUAAAGCUAUAUCUCAUUAUAAUAAAUUUAAUUAAAUAUAUAGAAAAAAUUUUUUUUUUGAAUUUAAUUUUAUUAGAUAUAGCCAAGAGAAGUAUUUUGAUACAAUUUCAAAAAUAGCUGGACUUUUACCAACUCUUUUUAAUCACCGCCAGAUGUUCCAAUGCAGUUCUAAUAAUAUCAUAUACGCCAAACUAUGCAGCCUUGUUUCUGCUGCCCCUGAGCCUUUGAAAUCUUCGUUUUCUACUUUUUUGUCUUAUUUUAAUUGUGAUAGAUGUGGAAGAGAGUACUACGAAGGAGUCACCGCUUGCAAUCAUAAAUUGUGUAAGGCCUGCUCUAUUGAAGGACUUAAAAAAUACACAGGGGGCUAUAUAUUUUUAACCAAAAAUGAGGAAGAGCAAUUCCAUCAGAUGUGCCCAAAAUGCAAAAAAAAGCUAUCUGAAAAAGAUAUAGAAUUUAUUAUAGGUGAUCAAGUUGAGAUUUAUAAAGAAAAUCGGCGACUAAGACAAGUUGAACAGGAUAGAAUCAACCUUGCUACAAAGCAGUAUAAAGAAACCAAGCAAGAAGCAGCUAAUUCAUCAAUAUUAUGUUUUUCUUGCAAAAGACCACUAAUAAAAGAAUUAUGCUUUGAUGCAGAUAAAUGCAAACACCAAUGUAAAGAGUGCUUAGCAUCAGAUAUGCGGCGUGGGAAAACAAAAUGCCCUGUGUGCCAAUCAAUUUAUUCCUUGGAUAUUGCAAGCGAGCAAGGAUUAUGUGAAGGCUGCAAAAAUACAGUGUACUAUGUAGGAAAUUAUUUAUCCUCUAUAUGUGAUGGCCACAUGCUAUGCAGCUACUGCUUACAUGAAGGCUGAAAAUCAAUGAAAUGCAAAGUAUGUAGUAAAAAUUUUGAUUCAGCUUCUAUUAAUCAAAUAGCCAAAAUUAUAUUCGGAAAAUGCUCAAUGUGCAAUAGAAGACAAGAAAGAGACUAUUUCAUUUUGAAAGACUGCUGCAACGAUGAAAUAUGCAUAGAAUGUCAAUCAGCCGAUACAGCAUCCUGUAUUAAAUGCAGAAGCAAGCUAGGAGAUUGGGCGGUUCAACAAAUACAGUUCAUUGCUUCAGCUAGAACUAACUAA